AUGAAAUCGCUCCAUCUCCACGCGGGCCUGCUCUGUGUUCUCGUGCACGCCGCCGCAGCCAUGUCGCGGCAGCAGGCGCUGAAGGAGCUGGAUCUCCGAGCCGGGUACGACGGCGGGGACCUCAAGCGUGCAUAUCGCGCCCGCGCCAUCGCCACGCAUCCGGACAAGGGCGGGUCGCCGGAAGCCUUCCUGCGCGCGCUGCGCCGCGCCGAGGAGAUGCUGGGCAAGGUGCUCGACGACUUGUUUGCGGCGGAGGACCCGCUGACUGAGCUCGUCGAGCGGCUCAUCGGUCCGGUGGGUAUGAACCCGGCGAAGUGGCUGCUCAAGCGCGCACUGAAGGGGCUCGCCGCCGCAGCAAAGCCGCUGCUGCAGCGGGCGAUGGAGAACGCCGAGGGCGCGACCAUCACGGUCAACGGCAAGCCCAUGUCGGGAAAGGAGGCGUCGCAAGCCUUUGCCGAAUGGAGGGAGGCGCUGAGGGGGAGCGCCGGCACCGGCCGCAGUGAGGCGCAAGCCGCCGCGAGCGAGGGCAAGCGGCGGCCGAAGCGCGAGCUAUGA